AUGAGUCUUAGGCAGGAAAACAGCUCAUACGAAGCAUCAGACGAAUCGUCUGAAAAUGAGCUGCUUGACCGUAGCCUGUCCUUAUGGAGGGGCUGGGUGGCUAUUGAUGAUGAUGAUGAUGAUUUUGCUCCAUGUCCAUUAGACCUACACACAGCAUCCAGCAUUGGUCAUUAUGAAUGUGUUCGAACAAUCAUUGCAAGAAAAGAAGUGGACAUCAAUAUUUGUAAUAAAGGAGGUUGGACACCUUUAAUGUAUGCCAGCUACAUUGGUCAUGAAAAUAUUCUUAACCUCUUACUGAAAGCUGACGCAGAUGCAAACAUCACUAAUCACAAAGGCCAAACAGCAUUGAUGUUGGCUGCAAGUUGUGGAAACGAUCGAGUUGCCCAUUGCCUAUGUCAGAAUGGUGCAGAACUAGAAGGACAGGAUUAUCGUGGUUGGACGGUCUUGUUUCAUGCCACUUAUGCGGGUCAUCAAAACAUGGUCAAGUUUUUGUUGGAGAGAAAUGUAAAUAUGAAUGCCAGAGACCCCAGCACUGGUCUGACUCCUUUCUUAGAAGCUGCUGCGGGUGGCCAUGAAAUCAUUGUACAACUUUUUCUCCAAUACGGUGUCAGUCUAAAUGCAAAAACUUACAGUGGAGACACUGCUCAGUCCUUAGCCUUAAUGAAUGGCCAUAUGAACAUUGUGAAUUUGAUUAACCAACACAUGGCAGCCAGAGAGAAAGACAUUAACUCUUCUGAAGAAAGCACAACUUUCCUCACUGGAAAUCGUCCACUGCAUCAUCCAACAGUCAUUGGUCGUCCAAUACAAAGCAAAAUGGCAAGAGGUCCUCCUGACAUCCGUGAUGGGCCUGAUGCCUUUGCACGGCUUAUUGAAAGAUCAAAAUCCUCUGAACUUGCUAAUUAUCCAAAUUCUUAUGUCCCAGAAGGUUACAUCACCUUCACCCAAGGAAAUGAAGAACGGGAAAAUACUCUCUUAAGAUAUAGGGAUGUGACUUCACCAAUUAAUCCACAGGAUCAUAAUUUGGAUAGUUCAAGUAGCAAAGAGUCGUACGAUGCAGAAGAUGAGAGCACAGCCUUUUCACGGACAGGAGCAUUGACCAUUCGCAGUAGUUCAAGUUCAAGCGGGGGACUGGCUGCUGCUUUAGGCCUCUCACCAGACAACAGUGGAGACGGUGAGGACAUCCUUGCUCCAUCUUUGGUUGGAAUUCUUCCACAAGAAUCCAGAGACAUAUCCCAGGAAUUCUGCUCAGCUUUCCCCACAGAUUUGCAUUCUUCACAUUCCUCUCAAAUUUCUGAUAAUAAGGAAACAAUCUUUGAAGAACAAGAUGUGGAUCUGCAAGUCUUCCUUUCCCUCACAGAUAAUGACCUGAAGGAAAUUGGAAUCAAGUUAUUUGGACCUCGUCGUAAGAUGACCAGUGCUAUUGCCCGUUGGCACAGUGAUGUCCGCUCUCCAUCCGAUGGCUUGGAGAGAGCAUAUGCUGACCGUUUGGAAGCUGAAAUGCAAGAAAUGGCCAUACAACUUCAUCAGGCUAAUUCCCAAGUGAAAACUCUUGAAGCUCAGAUUCUUCAAGAGCAAAAGCUUCGGUCUGUGACUGAAGGCUGCUUCAUGGAGGAAAGAGCAUUUCGGCAGAGAGAAAAGCUUCAACUCGAAGACCUCUGUAUGCGGUGUGAACAAACUCAGGAAGUUUUUGAACAACUCAGACUUUACCAUGCUGACUUCGGAGAACGGCUGCUAAGUAGUUUCCCCAGUGUCAGAGAUCAGCAGGAUUCAGAUAUUUUCAAGAAUGUGGACCAGUUGAUAAAGAAAGUGGAACUUUGCUCAAAUGAGCUCAAACAGACUUUAGACUUGGUUUUUAAAACCCUUGAUAAUCUGCUGCGACAGGAGAAUUCACCCCCUUCAUACUUGUCACCAAAUUUUGCCUGA